AUGGAUGUAUUGCCUGCGGUGAGGACAGCCAAGUUUCGGCCUCGUCCCGAGGAUGAAAAGGAUGAUUCUGAUUCUGACCCAGUGAGAUUCUACAAAUCUUUGGUAUGGAUAUGGCGUCGCAGCAGCGCAUCAAAGCUCUCUGCUCACAACCCUACAGUGCUGAAGAAGGGGCGGGACGAGUUCACAUCAAAGAGUUUGAUCCCUCUGCUGGGUAUUGAUGUAUGGGAACAUGUCUACUAUCGCCAGUACAAGAACGUCCGACCCGACUACGUCAAAGCCAUCUGGAACGUCAUUAACUUGGAGAACGUGAGCGAGCGCGUCCAGUCUGCCAAAAAGUAGACUAUUCCCCCUCAGAACACACACACUAGCACUUCCUCUCUGCCCCAAACCUUAUCCCCUCAGACCUUAACUCCCUUAAUGGCUUCAAAAAUAUAUUCAUAACCCAAAUGAAGAUGGCUGUCACAUACUGUACCAUGUAGGUGUCAGAUGUCCAGAGAACAUUUUAAGUCUGCAAAGCUUUUUGUCUGACUGUGCUGCACCAAUAUUAGGCAAAUGUGUUUGAUGUAACAUGAUAAAAUAUUUCAUUUGA